AUGCUGUCGAAUAAUUUCGGACAGGUUGGGCAACCGUAUCCACGCCCAUAUUUUCCCCUGCAAGAGUUACGAGAUGAUGAAUUUGUCCAGAAUUCCCCACUUUUACGACUCAAUGACAAUGUUCUGGAUGCUAUUGUUGAAUACGUUCCAUUGAAAGAUCGACUUCUGCAGUUGCGUUCUGUUUGCCAUCGAUUGUCAGAUUCCGUCAAACGAUCUGUCAAAAGCAUCGAGUUUCUUCGUGACGAGUUAGAUUACUGUGAUGAUGCUAAAAUAGCAUUUUUUCUUGCUGUCUACGGAAAAAAUGUGGAACACGUGAAUUAUGAUCUUUACCGGUCUUGCUCUUUGAGAGAAUAUACCCAAUGGUCAUGGCGUCAAUCUGUAAUCUCAUCAGUAACUAGAUGUGCACAGUUGAAACAGCUAGAUAUCCUUAUUUGCUGUCGUCAUCGAUUAAGAGAUGGAGACCUUCAUGUCAUUUUCAAACAAUGUCAGCAGUUGGAGGUGCUCAGAAUGGACGCGAGCUACAUCAAUGGACAUUGCUUUGCAAAAUCUCCUAAUACCCUUCGAAAAAUCGAGUUGGAAUGUUGCCGAUCUUUCACGAAGCAAGGAGUUCUUGGAAUGUGUGCACGGCUUCCAAAACUUCAGACUCUUCAUGUUUCUCUGCUUCCUUGCAUCGAUGAGCAAGUCAUCAAACGAAUUGGAGAUAUGAAGUGUCUUAGGAACCUCUCGAUUGUUGCUGAUCCGGAACAAAAAAUGAAUCAAUUCCGACUCGCGGAAAUCCGGAGACUUCCGAAACUUUCUACUCUUUGUCUUGAUGGAGUCAACAAUGUCACUGACAAGUUUCUUGGAGAUUUGUGCGAGGCAGCAACCUCUCCAGCAUCUGGCAGCAUAGAACAUCUUUCAUUUUCGUUCUGCAAAAACAUCGGACCUAAUGGAAUCGCAAAACUGAAAAAUUUGCCAAAAUUAAAAAGUUUGAACCUAGAUGGUGUAUCGAAGAGGGAUAUUUCUACUGGACUAGAAGCAAUUGGAAAUGUUGGAAAGCUUGAGCGAUUGAUGGUUUCUGAAGAGACAUUUGUCAGUCCAAGAACAAUAGUUGACUUUGUAACAAAAUGUGAAACUUUGCGUACGUUGGAUAUAUCUGCUAAUCAUCGAUUGAAGGAUAAAGGUUUUGCUGAACAAGUUUAUAGCACAAGAGUUUUCUCAUUCGGAAAGCCAAUGGUAAUCCUAACAGAUUUCAAAUCGAUGUGGCGCAAUCUUCCUCCUUUCUCGUACCAAAGUAGAGUCGAAAUAGUCAAUGUCAACGACCGCUACCCGGAAGAAUUUGUUGAAUCCAUCUCGACCAAUACGCCACAACAGUUGCCACGUGGUCAUUUGAUUCCUGAUUUGCGUCGCGGAAAUCGUUAUAAAAUGCUGGAUUUUUCAUUAGACACUUCUGGAGAGCAGUUGAUCGAUCCUGCUAAUUUUGAUUCUCAGGAUCAAGAAAAUCAGCCACCGUCAGAAAUUGGACCGUUAUCUGUUCUUUCGGAACAAGAACAAGCAGAGCUGGCUCGUGUGCUAAUGGAAAUUCAACAACCUUUCAAUGCGGCAGACUGGAUUAAUUUCAACGAAUGCGCUUUCGCACGGUCUACCGUUUCAAAUUUUGAAGAUAGCAUUACUGUUGGCUCUGCCGGAGCUCCUGGGCCACCACGAGAGAAAGGUUCCGAUAAAAUUUUGAAACACUCCCGUCCUAGUCGGCCGAAGCGGCAAGCGCAGAAAGAAAGAGCUCAACAACGACGGUCUGGAGCAACAAAUAAUCAAAAAGUACCAGUCCCAACUGGCCCGUCUUUCACUGAAGACGAUUUCCCACCGCUUGGAUAA